UUGGGCAGAGGAGAGGAGUACAAAUACCCCACACUCUCUUCUUAACCUUUUUCUCUUCUCCACUUUCUCUCUCUUCUUUCUCUCUCUAACCACCAACUACAAAACCACCAUUACCAUCUUCUUUUUGUCUUCAAUCUCUCAAUGAGAGUAUACCAGUAGUAGUAGGAGUAGUAGUAGGCAAAGCAAAGCAGAUGGGCAAGUACAUGAGGAAAACUAAAGCAGCAGGCGAAGUGGCAGUCAUGGAGGUAGCACAGUCUUCCCUCGGGGUUCGAACCCGUGCAAAGACUCUGGCUUUGCAGAGAUUGCAGAAAUCUCCGGCGAAAACUCCGGCGCCGGCGCCGGCGGCGACGAGUUCUGGUUCUUACUUGCAACUAAGGAGCCGACGGCUAGAGAAGCCGCCAAUUGUUAUGCCGAACAACAGCGAGCAUAAGAGGCAGAGUAAAGGAGCCAAAUUGGGUUGCGUGCAUAAUAGCCCUAAAGCUACUAACCCUAACCCUAGGACGAGUUCAAGGCUUAGGGUUGGUUCUGUGGCUUCUGGGUCACAUGGGUCGGUUUCGAUUGGGGUUUUGAACGGUGAGGAUGGGGAAAAGGGUAUUGAGGCUAAGGAAAUUGUGGGUAAAGAAGAAGAAGAAGUUCAAGAAAACAACAACACCGCGAAUGGUGAUUUGGGUAUUGAAGAAGCUUCCUGUGGAGAGAAUCUGUUGGAUUUUGAAGGUAGAGAGAGAAGCACCAGGGAAUCUACACCCUGCAAUCUUAUAAGGGAUCCAGACGUGAUCCGGACACCUGGUUCUAGUACCAGGCCAACUAAUUCAGCUGAAACUAGUCGGAGAAUACAGAACUCAUCACGGAGACAUGUACCAACAACACGUGAAAUGGACGAGUUCUUUGCUGGUGCUGAAGAAGAGCAGCAAAAACAAUUCAUUAAGAAGUACAACUUUGACCCAGUGACAGAUACACCGCUUCCAGGCCGGUAUGAAUGGGAGAAGGUGGAUCCCUAGAAGACAUUAAAAAAGUGUUCCGUCCAGGACAUUUUCCUGGUUGACCUUGGGAUUUAGGAUAAAACUAGCAUGAAUUAGUUUUUAGUGUUAAAAGGUGAUGGUGUUAUUUCCAUUUUCCAUCACCCUUCUUCUUUUUUACUUGUAAAGAAGUAGGAAGUGUCAAAAGAUAUGUGUAGACUAAUGGUCUGUAACAUAACAGAGGUUAUGAGUACACAACAAAUACAAAUCAAAGUCCUUUGUCUAACAGAUCAUCUGAAAGAGAGGGGAAAUGAAAAAGAGGGUGUGAGGUUUAGGGUUAGGUUCAGUGAAAGAUUAGGUCAGUCUAUGUGGUACAGAAAUUUACUAUUUUAGAUUGAUUUUUUUUUUUUUUUUUUUUUCCUUCUUCUCUCGUAGUGUAUUUCCUCCCCCUUCUUGUCUAUAGUUUGUACUACUGAUGGAACUUUUAGAAAACUCUUGCAAUAAACAUGCCCCCAUUUCUCUCUCUUCA